AAUAACCAAUAUUAGUUUUUAAAAAAUAAUUUUAUUUUAAAUAAAUUUAGUUUUAUAUUCGGUUAACCGAAGCAACUCUCCAAUAGUUUUAAUAUAAAUAUCAAAUAGUUUUUUUUUUCCCAAGAGUUUAGGUAGUUUAGUAAUUAGGAAAAACAAAUAGAAAUAAGAAAAAAGAUAUUAGGUAUAAAUAGCAAUAAUUUAAAUAAACAAAUAUAUAACAAGUAAUACAACAAUAAUAACAAUAAUAAUAAUAAGAAAUAAUGGACUCUGCGAUUAGCAACUCCAUCAAGACAGUCCUCAAUUUAGGGUUUAAAAUUGUAUCAUUUUGGUUUAAACUAUGGUUACUACCAAUUAAUUCAAUAUUUGAAUGGAUACAAGAAAGAGUUAAACCCAUAGUAGUUCCCCUUUUCACAUUUUUACAUACACAUAAAACCAAACUAUUAAAAUAUUCAUUGCUUUCGAUAUUUUAUUUGGGCUUUUUAUUAUUUGUAACUUUAAUAUCAUACUAUGCACUAUAUUCUACAUUAGUACCAAAGGUUUCAACUGAAGAGCCAUUAUUUUUUGACUAUAGUUAUAAAUCAACUAAAAAAAUUGUUGCAGAUGUUCAAGCCUCAGUUGAGUUUCAAAAGAAUAAACACUAUAGUAUUUUCUUAGAGUUAGAAUUACCAGAAUCACCAAAGAACCAAGAUGUUGGGAUGUUCAUGGCUUGCAUGGAAAUUGAUGACCAUGAUAAGUGGAAUCCACAGAAAAUUCAUCAUACUUGCAGACCUGCCAUACUAAAAUAUUCCUCAGGUAUCUUAAAAUAUAUCAAAUCAUUUUUGAUGUCCAUUCCAUAUCUUUUUGGUUUCUAUGAGGAAAAACAAACUGUAGUCUUAUCAAUGGGUGAUAAUUUUAUUGCAAAUAGAUAUUACCAAACCAUUUCAGCUCAAAUUCAAAUUAAUAAUCCAGAAAUUCAAAUUUAUAAAGCAUCAUUAAAAUUCUUAGCAAAUUUAAAAGGUUUUGAUUAUUAUUUGUAUUAUUAUCCAAUUACCUCGUUUAUAGUUGGUUGCUCAAUAAUAUAUAUUUCACUAUUGUCCUCAUCCAUAUUUUUCGUUGCAUCACUAUACCUAUAUAGACAUUUCAACCAAAAAGAGCAAGAAGGAAUUAAACCAAUUGAGGACUCAUCCGAUGAAGAAAUCGAACUUCAUAAUAGUUUGGUUGGUGAAGAUUUAAAUGAUUUCAGUUCCUCUAGUUCAUCAGCUGCUAUUCCAUCAUCAUCUGCAGAUGCGGUAUCAUCCUCAAAUAUUCAAAGAAGAAAUGCCGCAAACUAUAAAAGAAAACCAAUUUGGGAAAUCGAAGAUGAUAAUCCUAUGUUUAAUAAAGACAAUAAUAAUAAAGACAAUAACAUAGGCAAUAAUAUAAGCAGCACCAAACCAAACAAUGAGGACUCAUUAGGAAUUUUUGCAUCACCAAAAAUGUCAAAAGAUUCUAAAUCUGUAGAAGACUCAAAGUUUUAUAGAGAAUUGGACGAGGCUUUUAAUAAUAAAUUGAAUAAUCAAAAGAAUUUUAAUAAUACUAUAAACAACAAUAACUAUUCAUGGGAUCAAGAGCUAAAAGAUAUUGAUUCAUUGUUAGAUGAAAAACAAAAACAACAAGAACAAAAAUAUAAACAAAAAAACAAAGAUAAACCAUCUACUACACCUUCAUCUCCUUCAUUAAAAAAUAAACAACAACAACAACAAAAAAAAAAUCAAGAAUUUGAUAGCAAAAAUAAUAACGAAGAUAUCCAAGCUCAUUCACUUUUAAUUUUAUCAACCUCUGAAAAUACAACACCAAUACAACAUUCAUCAAACAAAGAGGAAGAAAAAGCACCAAACAUUUCAAUAGAGCAAACUAUAACUAAUAACAUUAGCAAUAAUAACAAUGAUGAUGAUAAUGAUAAAAAGAAUAUUGAAAAUGAAACAACAAAUAAUAUUACUAUCAAUGAUGACUCUCCUGUUAAUAUCUCUAGUCCAUCAGAUUCAGACAAAGAAUGCGAAGAACACAAAGAUGAAGAAACCAAAGAAUCUGCUGAACAAGAUGAAGAAGGUGAAGAAAGUGAAAAACCACCUGGAAACUCUGGAUUUAGUGGUAAUGAUGAAUGGGUUAAAGUCUUGGACUCCUCAAUAAGAAAAAGAAAGAACUAGAUGGAAUAAUAAUAUAUUAUUUUUCUUUCUAUUGUUUUAAUAUAUUAGUGAUACAUUAGCAUAGAUACAUAUAUAUUUAUAUAUUGUCUUUUUAUUUUUUUGUAAAUUAUUCUCAAUAAAUAUAAAUAUUUUU